AUGAAUUAAAAACUUAUAUUUAUACUAUCAACUCUAUUUGCAUUAUCCAUAUAAAUUAUACCUGAAACUGAUAUCUAAAAUAUAGAACCUAUUAAAGUCUAAUUGGAUGAUGUAAUUCUUACAGGAUGGCCAAAUUAGGCUUUGGAAUUAAAAUUUGAUGAAGAUCUAUAUGAUAUCUAUUCUAUAUAACUAACACAUAAAUUAUCUGAUGGUACAAGCUUAGUAGAAGAAGAACUUGAUAAUGAUAAAGUCUUUAAAAGCUAAGAUUUAAAGAAUUUAGGAGGAUGUCGAACACACUAAUCUAAAGCAACAAUAGAUUAUAUUUUCAGAACCACAGCAGAUUUCUAAAAUAACAAUCCUUUCGAAAGAUUUAAAGACGUAUUAUUAUUCGAAUAAUAAAGUAAGAUAUUUAUAACUACGAACACCUUCAGAGUUUAUUAAUUAACAUAUAGCAGUAUCACUUCAGAAUAAAUAGAUGAUGUAUCAGUUGAUUUUUCUACAGAAAGCAACUUUUAUACAUCUUUAAAUCCUCCAUCUGACAAAUUAACAGAAGGAGAAACAAGUGUUAUUUAAACUAGUGCUAUUCAAUAUUAAAACUAUGGAUUUAUUUUCUGUAAAUAUGGUGCAGUUAGAUUUAAUGCUAUUGGAAGUACCAGUUUAGUAAGAAACGACUUUAUUGCAUAAAAAGAGUUUAUUUAAAGAACUAAUGUUAAUUCAGUAUAUAAAGAUGAGUAAAAUUAUGUUUAUGUUGUCACUAGUGAGGGUAUUGAUAUUUAUACUAUUGAUGAAUCUUUCAGUCUAAAAUAAUUUAGAUAAAUACUUCUUUAAGAUUUAAAAAAAUAUCAUUUAGUAUAAAGAAUGGAUAUUUAAUAAAUAUAAGUUGUUCAAUAAGAUGAUAUUACACUUAUUUUGCUUUUAGAAAAAGACUUUGGUAUUCAUGUUUUAUAAAAUAUUAACUAUAAUGUACCUUGGGUAUAUAGAUACUUCAUUUUAUUAAAAGGAAUUUAAAGCUUCGAUGCUACUGGAUAUACUAUUGGUGUUGUAAUGCAUUCUAAAAACUAUAAAUUUGGUCUUGAAUUGUUUUUUGACUAUAGCACCUAUAUAUAAAAUUAUAUUGAAGAUAAUGAAUUAGAAGUCUCAAGUAUAAAAUUAGAUCCUAAUAGUAGAGUAGGUAUUUGGAUGAGUGAAGAUAUUGGAAAAGUCUUUUCACAUUCAAUACUAAACUAAAAUCUUUAAGCAAAUAGAAAUAACUAUGAAAACUAUUUCUAAAUGUAAGGAGAUACUUAAAUCUAAUUCUUAAAAUAUAAUGAAGAUACUACUUAUAUUUUCGCACUUGGAAGAAAAUACUUAGAAUUAUAUGAAUUAAUUAAAGUACCUUCUAGAAUUAUAUGCUCUAGUUCUGAAAGCCUACUCAAUCAUGAUUAUUAAAUUGUCUUCCAUUCUACUAAAUGUGAAGAUAAAGACUUCAAUAAGGAUAGUGAAGAUGUUAAAGGAGUUUAAAGAUUUUUCUAAAUGUGUGAAGUUUCUAUGAAUUUAAAAUAUAAAACUAAAUAAGCGUUAGUUGAUUCUGGAAAUUUGGGAGUCAUCCUAGGUGUAUUAUUGCCAUUUUUAUUUAUUUUAAUGGCUGCUAUCAUAUAUUACGGAUGGAGAUAUCAAAACGAAAAAAAGGCUAUUUUGGUUUUAGAAUCUGACAAAAGAAGAUAUUAUGAAAGCGUUACAGAUAAUAAUUAAUGAAAAAAAAACAUAUACAUAUAUAUAUAAAUAUAUAUAUAUAUAUAUAUAUAUAUAUAUAUAUAUAUAUAUAUUAAUUAAUUGUUAUUUAUUUAAAAAAA